UUUGUGGAAAGUGACGACGAUGAGGAGCUGCUGUUUAACAUCCCGUUCACGGGGAGUGUGAAGCUAAAAGGAGUGAUCGUGAUGGGCGAGGAUGAUGGGACACACCCAGCAGAGAUGAGGCUGUUCAGGAACAUUCCUCACAUGUCCUUUGAUGACACAGCCAGGGAAGCAGAGCAGACCUUCAGCCUGAACCGGGAUCCCUUGGGAGAGCUGGAGUAUCCCACCAAAAUUUCCCGUUUCUCCAAUGUUUCUCACCUCUCCAUGCACUUCCCAAAGAACUUUGGAGCAGAGACCACCAAGAUCUUUUACAUAGGCCUGAAAGGAGAGUGGACAGAGGCUCAUCGUCACGAGGUCACCAUCUGCAACUACGAGGCCUCAGCAAACCCAGCAGACCACAAGGUGGAACAAAUCACCCCCCAGACACACUUCAUCUCCUAA